AUGUUACAUACACAUGAAAAAAGAAGAGGUAGUCUACAGUUAUCAGAACAAGAGUUACUAUCUGCUGUACCUGAAACUACUCUACUGUCUACCAAUUUGCAAGAACUUACCCUAGCCGAUGAGUCCAGGAGUUCCUUGGCCGUAGGAACAUCCACAUUAAAGGAUAAGUUUACUAUUCCUACAAAUGGUUUACCUGAGGAACUUACUUAUGAAUUAAUUCAUAAUGAGUUAACUUUAGAUGGUAAUCCACAUUUAAAUUUAGCAAGUUUUGUCAAUACAUUUACCACCCCAAUAGCUGACAGAUUAAUUCGCGAAAAUAUUAAUAAAAACCUGGCAGAUAAUGAUGAGUAUCCACAAUUGAUUGAAUUAACUCAACGCUGUAUUUCAAUUUUGGCACAACUGUGGCAUUGCGGUCCUAAUGAUCACCCAAUCGGUUGUUCGACUACUGGUUCAUCUGAAGCCAUUAUGCUAGGGGGGUUGGCAAUGAAAAAGAGAUGGGAGCACAGGAUGUCGUUGGCUGGUAAAGAUAUUUCAAAACCAAAUAUCGUGAUGUCUUGUGCUUGCCAAGUGGCCCUUGAAAAAUUUACACGUUACUUUGAAGUAGAUUGUAGAACUAUUCCAGUAAGUUUCAAAAGUCAUCAUAUGCUAGAUCCAGAAGAUUUAAAGGACUAUGUAGAUGAAAAUACUAUUGGUUGUUUCAUUAUUUUGGGUACAACAUAUACUGGACAUUUUGAAAAUGUUGAAAAGAGUGGCAAAGUUUUGGAUGAAAUUGAAGCAAAACACCCAGAAUGGGCUAACAAGAAUAUUCCUAUUCAUGUUGAUGGUGCAUCUGGUGGUUUCAUCGCUCCCUUUUCAUUCGAAAGUAAUCAUAUGAAGAAAUACGGAAUGGAAAGAUGGGCAUUUAAUAAUCCCAGAGUCGUUAGUAUCAACACCAGUGGACACAAGUUUGGCCUAACAACUCCUGGUUUGGGCUGGGUUUUGUGGAAGGAUGAAUCUUUCUUGUCACCAGAGUUAAGAUUUAGAUUAAAAUAUUUAGGUGGUGUAGAAGAGACCUUUGGGUUGAAUUUUUCAAGACCUGGGUUUCAAGUUGUUCACCAAUAUUUCAAUUUCAUUUCUUUGGGGUCUAUUGGUUACAGUGAAAGGUUUAGAAGAUCAUUAUAUGUAGCAAGAACUUUUUCUUAUGGUUUAUUAAACUUACCUUCCUUAGCUGGCCAUUUUGAUGUUGUUAGUGGUAUUCAUGAACGUAUAUUAGACAACUCUACACCAGAUGAUGUUAAGGACUAUUGGAUUAAUCAAGAUAUGUAUAAACCUGGUGUCCCAUUGGUUGCUUUUAAGUUAACUAAUAAAUUCCGUGAAACUUAUUCGGAGAUUCCACAGGUCCUUAUUUCUUCAAUGUUGAGACAACGUGGUUGGAUUAUACCUAAUUACCCAUUACCAAAAUCCACAGAUGAUUCUGAUAAAUAUGAAAUUUUGAGAGUUGUUUUCAGAACUGAAAUGAAACUUGAUUUGGCAGAAUUAUUAUUGUCGGAUAUUCAAAAUGUAAUUUCAAGAUUGAUUCGUUCCUAUACUAAUUUAACAGAAAGGGUUGAAUCCAGAUUAUACGAGUCUACAGAGAGUAGACGUGAUUAUGUCUACAAUAUGCUUUUGGAAUUGGCCUCUCCCGUUGAUGAUUCUAAGCAACCUACAAUUAGUCAUGAGAGAGCCAAAGAGGCAGAACAAAGAGCAAAGAGAAAUUAUAGAGGUACUUGUUAA